AUGGCCGACUGCCUAAGGAGAAUGGCGAGCAACGUCUCAGGUGAGCGAUCCCCCUUCGAGGGUUCGUGUUGCGGCUCGGGCUAUCACACCGUGGAUUCGACACCGCUGGGAUCCCCCGAGGAGAUAGAGGUGCCCAAGUACAGGGUGGUGAUGCUCGGCGACGCCGGCGUCGGCAAGACCGCUCUGGUGUCGCAAUUCAUGACGUCAGAGUACAUGAAUACCUAUGACGCCAGUCUCGAUGACGAGUUUGGAGAAAGAACAGUAUCCGUAUUACUGGAUGGAGAAGAAUCGGAAAUGAUUUUCAUUGACCAUCCUUCGUCAGAGAUGUCGGUGGAGAACUCUUUGAGUACGUACGAGCCCCACGCCUGUAUCGUGGUUUACUCCGUUGUUUCCCGAUCCAGCUUUCAGCACGCUGAAGAGACUCUCAACUAUUUAUGGAGGGAGGGAUAUACGCACGAGAAAAGCGUGAUUGUUGUAGGGAACAAAGCCGAUCUCGCUCGGGCCAGAGUCAUUUCGGCCAAUGAGGGAAAAGCUCUUGCUGUGGCUAGAGAUUGCAAAUUCAUUGAAACUUCCAGCGGCAUCCAGCACAAUGUGGACGAACUUCUUGUGGGAAUUUUGAAACAAAUUCGACUCCGUGAGUCACGGGAGAAGAAAAAAUCUAACCUGAAGAAGGAGAACAAUAAACUCCACGGAUCUAAAACUAGUUUAAGUUUAAACAUAGCUAGGGAGAUUCUUCAAAAGAUAUGCAUGAACGACAUAAGCAAAUCAAAGUCUUGUGAAAACUUACACGUUUUAUAA